UUACACUCUGUAAAUCUGUAAAAUUUCGUUGGGUUAGUGGUUUUAUAUAUAACAUGACAAGAGCUAGCCAUAACACUUAUGCACUGCAAAACAAAGGUGUCAGCUUGGGCAAAAAGUUUCUUGCAUGUUAGUUCAAGAGCAAGCCAGUUAAGAAGGUAGAUUCCCUUAAGGCUCUAUAAAUUGGAUUGCCUAUCAACAACAUAAGGCUUCUUGUUAGAAGCUUCUGCUCUGAAAGAAUCGGAAUGGAAAAGGGUUUCUGGACUGUAUUCUGUGGGAAUUCUGAGUGUUCAAGUGAAGUUGGAAAGAGAUGCAGUUAUGGUUUUCUAUCCAUAAUCGAUCCAAAUACAUGCAUCAACAAUUGUUUGGUCAUUUCUGUUAAUUUCCUAUUUCUGCUCAUGUUUGUAUAUUUGGUACUGUUUAGAACAUUCUUAAGGAAGAGAAUAGAGCCAUUACAGUCUAAACGCUUCUCUCCAAUUCUGAUUUUUUCAGCCAUUUUUAAUGGUGGUCUGGGUUUGGCUUACUUGGGAUCUGGGUUUUGGAUAUGUUAUAAGGAACUCAAUGCAACAGGAACCAUCUUACCUUUGCAUGGAUGGCUAGAAAUGCUAUUCCAAGGGUUCACAUGGUUGAUGCUGGAUUUUACAGUAAUUAUUGACAGCGUACGCCUUCAGCACACCACAACUGCAAAGCUUUGUUCGAUUGUAGCCUUCAUGUAUGCUGGAUUCCUCUACUUUUCAUCUCUUUGGGUUAUUAUUGUGGACAAAAUGGCAACUAUGGAGAUGAUAUUGGAUAUUUUGUCCCUUCCAGGAGCAGUCCUGCUUCUCUUGUGUGUUUUUCGGGGACACAAGCUUGUGGAAACUGAUCCAUAUUUUAGUUAUGAUACUUCCUAUGCACCUUUGCAAAGUGAAGACGACAAUGCCAAAGGUGAAAAUUGUUCUAAUGAAAAUGUUACUCCUUUUGCAAAAGCUGGAUUUCUUAGUACUAUGACAUUUUGGUGGUUGAAUCCAUUAAUGAAGCAGGGUAAAGAGAAAAUUCUUGAGGAAAAUGAUAUUCCGCAGUUAAGGCAGGAAGACCAGGCUCAAACAUGCUACUUAAUGUUUAAGGAGCAACUAAGCAAGCAGAAACAGAAAGCAACAUAUGAAUCUCCUUCAAUGUUCUCUGUAAUAUUUUCCUGCCAUAAGAGAGAAAUUUUAAUUUCUGGAUUUUUUGCAUUGAUCAAGGUCCUCACAGUGUCCACUGGUCCAUUGUUUCUUAAAGCCUUCAUUGAGAUCGCAGAUGGCAAAGAAGCUUUUAAAUAUGAGGGCUAUGCACUGGCAGGAGGACUCUUUGUGGCAAAGUGUUUAGAGUCAUUCUCUGAGAGGCAAUGGUUCUUCCGAACCAGAUUGAUUGGUCUCCAGGUAAGAUCCUCCUUGUCUGCAGCUAUUUAUCAAAAGCAACUGCAACUCUCAAAUGCUGCUAAGGUUACUCAUUCUCCUGGCCAGAUAAUGAAUUAUGUCACAGUAGAUGCCUAUAGAAUAGGUGAAUUCCCAUACUGGUUCCAUCAGAUAUGGUCAACAAUCAUUCAGCUAUGUAUUGCUUUAUCUAUUGUUUACUAUGCUAUGGGGCUGGCAACUGUUGGAGCUUUAAUUGUAAUCAUACUGACUGUGAUUGCAACUUCUCCAUUAGCCAAAUUGCAGCAUAAAUAUCAGACCAAGCUUAUGGUGGCACAAGAUAAGAGGCUAAAGGCCAUUACAGAAGCUCUUGCAAAUAUGAAGGUCUUGAAGUUGUAUGCCUGGGAGAAACAUUUUAAGAAUGUCAUAGAAGUGUUAAGGAAAGAAGAAUCCAAGUGGAUACUACCAGUUUUAUCACAAAAGGGGCAUUAUGUGUCUUUAUUUUGGUCAUCUCAGAUUUUAGUAUCAACUGCCACCUUUUGGUCAUGCUACUUCCUUGGAAUUCCACUCUCUACUAGUAAUGUAUUCAUGUUCCUAUCAAGUCUACGCAUUGUUCAGGAGCCUAUUAGGAUGAUCCCUGAUGUUGCAGGAGUGUUCAUCGAAGCAAAGGUUUCAUUAACCCGAAUUGUCAAGUUUCUUGAGGAGCCUGAGUUGGAGAACAGAAAUACAAGGCGAAAGUGCUAUGGGAAAGAGCAAGAGCACUCCAUAUUUAUGAGGGCCAGUGAAAUAUCUUGGGAGACUGAUUCAGAAAAUGUCAUACUAAGAAACAUUAACUUGUUUGUGAAACCAGGAGAAAAGGUAGCUAUUUGUGGAGAGGUUGGAUCAGGUAAAUCUACCCUUCUAGCUGCAAUUCUUGGAGAGGUGCCAAACAUCAAGGGCAUGGUUACUGCCUAUGGAAAGAUAGCAUAUGUUUCUCAGACAUCUUGGAUCCAGACAGGAUCUAUACAAGAAAACAUUCUGUUUGGGUCCCCCAUGGAUAUUCUUAGAUAUCAAGAAGUGCUUAGAAUAUGUUCCCUAAUAAAAGACCUUGAGAUGCUUCCAUAUGGUGAUCUCACAGAAAUAGGAGAAAGAGGAGUUACUCUGAGCGGUGGACAAAAGCAGCGUGUUCAACUUGCACGUGCACUCUAUCAGGAUGCAGAUGUAUAUCUCUUGGAUGAUCCAUUCAGCGCUGUUGAUGCACAUACUUCCACCACACUAUUUCAUGAAUAUGUGAUGGGAGCUCUAUCUAGGAAGACAGUCUUGUUGGUGACUCACCAAGUUGACUUCCUUCCUGCAUUUGAUUCUGUUUUGUUUAUGACUAAAGGGGAUAUACUAAGGGCUUCUAAAUAUGAUGAGUUGGCGGCUUCUAGUCAAGAAUUUCAAAAUCUUGUUAGUGCACACCAUGACACUGUUGGUUUUGAGAGAAAAGCCAAGUAUGCUUCUUUUAGAAAAUUUGAACCCUCCAAAAGUGAAAUUAAGAAGAAUUAUAACAAGAAGCAGUUAAUGUCAUCUCUAGGAGAUCAAUUGAUUAAACAAGAAGAAAGAGAAACUGGAGACACUGGUUUUAAGCCUUACAUACAGUAUCUGAAUAAGAACAAUGGCUUUUUGUACUUCUCCUUGACAACCAUAUGCCAUAUCAUAUUCAUAUUUGUUCAAAUUAUUCAAAGCUACUGGUUAGCUGCUCACAUCCAGGAUUCUCAUGUAAAUAGAGUGGAGCUUAUCACAGUUUACUCAGUGAUUGCAUGUAUCCUAGUACUUUUUUUGUUUCUUAGAUCCUUUUACGUAGUUACUUUAAGUUUUGGGGCAUCGCGUUUGAUCUUUUCUACACUGAUGACCUCUCUUUUCCGGGCGCCAAUGUCGUUUUAUGACUCAACACCUCUGGGAAGGAUUCUCAACCGGGUAUCGUCUGAUUUGACUGUCAUCGACCUUGAUGUGGCUUUCAAAUUAAGUUUCGCUCUUGGGGCAUCUAUGAUUAUGUACACUAGCUAUGCAAUAUUAGCUCUUCUAACUUGGCCAAUCUUGUUUCUCAUAAUGCCCAUGGUUUAUCUGACUAUACUGUUACAGAGAUACUACUUUGCUUCUGCAAAAGAAUUAAUGCGAACGGAUGGUACAACCAAGUCUUUAAUCGCCAGCCAUCUUGCCGAAUCCAUUUCUGGAGCCAUGACAAUUAGAGCUUUUGGAGAGGAGGAGCGGUUCUUUGUAAAGAACUUGAACCUUAUUGACAGAAACGCAAGUCCAUGCUUUCAUAAUUUUUCAACAAACGAGUGGCUGAUCCAACGUGUGGAAAUUCUAUGUGCAAUUGUUCUCUCAUUCUCAGCACUUUCCAUGACUAUGCUUCAUCUUGGAGCUUCUGCCUCUGGAUAUGUUGGCAUGGCACUGUCAUAUGGUCUGUCAUUAAAUGUAUAUGUUGUAUUUUUUGUCCUAAACUGGAGCUUGCUAGAAACUUCAAUUACCUCUGUAGAAAGGCUAGAACAAUACAUGCAUAUUCCUAGUGAAGCUGCAGAAGAAAUAGAAGGUCACCAACCCAUGCACAAUUGGCCUGUGGUUGGACAAGUGAAAAUAUGUGAUUUGAAGGUGAGGUAUCGGCCCAAUGCUCCGCUAGUUCUUCAGGGGAUAAGUUGCAUUUUUGAAGGAGGGCACAAAAUUGGGAUCGUUGGCCGCACUGGUAGUGGAAAGACAACUCUUAUUGGUGCUUUGUUUCGUCUGGUGGAGCCAACUGAGGGAAUGAUCAUUAUAGAUGGAAUUGACAUUUCUACAAUUGGGCUUCAUGAUCUAAGAUCACGUCUAGGAAUCAUACCACAAGAUCCAACACUCUUUAGUGGGUCAGUGAGAUACAAUCUAGACCCCCUAUCAAAUCAUACUGAUCAGGAAAUAUGGGAGGUUCUAGGAAAAUGUCAACUUCGAGAGGCUAUUUGCGGAAAAGAGGAGGGCCUGGAUUCCUUAGUAAUGCAAGAUGGAUCAAAUUGGAGCCUUGGACAGCGACAAUUAUUUUGUUUGGGACGUGCAUUACUUAAAAGAAGUCAGAUACUGGUGCUUGAUGAAGCCACCGCAUCAAUUGACAAUGUAACAGACUCUCUAAUUCAGAAAACUAUACGAACAGAAUUCACAGACUGCACUGUAAUAACAGUGGCCCAUCGGAUACCAACUGUCAUGGACUGCACUAAGGUGCUUGCUAUCAGCGAUGGGAAAAUAGCAGAGUAUGAUGAGCCAUUAAAGCUGAUGAACAAGGAGGGUUCACUUUUUGGUCAGCUUGUCAAGGAAUAUUGGUCUCAUUCUGCAAGUGGAAGCGUUUACUCAGAAGAUUUCUAACGAAGCCUACUAGAUGCAACAACUGGGUAUAAUAGUUUUCUCAAUUUCCUAGCAAGACUGUGUGCAUCAUGUGAUUGGAAAUACAAAAUUAAGCUGCUGCUAGGAAAUGCCCAUGUGCAAUUUCUUCAGGCAUUGUUAGUAAUUGGGUUGAAAUAUACCUUUGGUUCCUAAACACAUCACCCAAAUGUCAUGUUCUUUUUCAAUGAAUCUUAUGCAUCAAGUUAGUCCUUGUAUUUUUCAAAACGAAUCGUCUUAUCAUUUGAAAUGAAUGAAAUUGUUGAUAUAUCUGUUUCUUAGUAAAAAAUAUUGUUUAAGGCCAA